AUGGCACCUGCAGCAACCAAGAAAAAGACAGGCGGCAAGACUCGUUCUGCGCUCCAGGAUGUCGUGACCCGUGAGUACACCAUCCAUCUCCACAAACGCGUGCACGGCCGCUCCUUCAAAAAGCGUGCCCCCUGGGCCGUCAAAUCAGUGGUCGAGUUCGCACAGAAGGCGAUGGGCACAUCAGACGUCCGACUCGACCCCAAGCUCAACCAGGCCGUCUGGGCGCAGGGUAUCAAGACCGUUCCUCACCGGCUGCGAGUUAAGCUUGAGAGAAAACGUAACGACGAAGAGGGCGCAAAGGAGAAGCUUUACACAUACGUCUCGCAUGUUCCCGUCGGAUCGUUCAAAGGCCUCCAAACGACAGUCGUCGAUGCUGAGUGA